CUACAACAUCAUCGCCACAUCAUCCCUCACAAUGGCGGAAGCAAAGGCUGCGUCCCAGAAGAUCUGGCUCGUCUCCAACGACAAUGCCACCAUGGAAGUUGACCGUUGCGUGGUCGAGCGCUCCAUGCUCCUGAAGAACAUGCUGGAGGACUUAGGCGGCGCCGACAUCAGCCCCGAAAACCCCAUCCCCAUCCCCAACGUCAACGAAGCCGUGCUGCGAAAGGUUGUCGAGUGGUGCGAGCACCACCGCAACGACCCCGUCACUGCCCCCGAUGACGAGUCCGAUGCCCGCAAGAAGACGACUGAUAUCGAGGAGUGGGACCAGAAGUUCAUGCAGGUGGACCAGGAGAUGCUCUUUGAGAUCAUCCUGGCCUCCAAUUUCCUGGAUAUCAAGCCCCUUCUCGAUGUUGGCUGCAAGACCGUGGCCAACAUGAUCAAGGGCAAGUCUCCCGAGGAGAUUCGCAAGACUUUCAACAUUACAAACGACUUCUCCGCCGAGGAGGAGGAGCAGAUUCGCCGCGAGAACGAGUGGGCUGAGGACCGAUAA